AUGAUGGGCCUUUUCAGCCAGGCUGGAUCCCAUAUCAAGAGGGCACGCGGUCUCUCCGUGGAUGAUAGGGCGCCAGAAGACACAGAACCCGACGAUACUUCAAUCCUCGACGAGAAUGAAGGAUCUGUCAUCCUUUCGCUGAUAUCCCAGCUCAGAGUUGGGAUGGACCUGUCCAAAGUAACCUUUCCUACGUUUGUGCUUGAGCCCCGAAGCAUGCUUGAGCGCAUCACGGACUUCAUGUCGCACCCGGAUCUCAUAUUCGGUGCUGAGAAUUGCGACGAUCCAGAAGAGCGAUUUACUCGCAUCCUUCAGUAUUACCUCGCUGGAUGGCAUAUCAAGCCCAAGGGCGUAAAGAAACCAUACAACCCCGUUCUUGGAGAAUUCUUUCGUUGUAGGUACGACUACCCGAAUGGUACACAAGGUUUCUUUGUCGCUGAGCAAGUGUCACACCACCCACCAAUCUCCGCAUUCUUCUACAUUUCCCCUGCGAAUCGCGUCUGCAUCGUCGGGGAGCUCAGACCAAAGUCUAAAUUCCUUGGCAACAGCGUCUCUACCACCAUGGAGGGUGAGAAUAGAAUCAUGCUUAUGGGCGUCCCAGACGAUGGCGAGUACGUAGUAACGAUGCCUAAUAUGUAUGCAAGGGGGAUUCUAUUCGGCAAAAUGGUACUGGAGCUAGGUGACACGUGUGUAGUGAAGAACGAGAAGAAUAGACUAUUCUGCGAUUUGGAGUUCAAGACAAAGGGCUUCUUCUCUGGAACAUAUAACGCAAUAGCUGGACGUGUACGUCGGGGAAACUCAGACACAGGCGAGGUGUCAGGGCGGUGGAGUCACGUCAUGGAAUUCAAGAGCAUCAAGAGUGGAAGCAAACGCGUGCUAUUUGAUGCCGCGAAAGACGGACAAAAUAUAGCACCGAAAUAUGUACCGGACGUAGAACAACAAGAACCAUACGAAUCACGCCGCCUAUGGAAAGACCUUACGCAGGCUAUCGAGGAGAGGAAUAUGGAACGUGCCACGGAGGCCAAGAGCGCAGUGGAAGAUGCCCAACGCGAACUGCGCCGCAGACGAGAGGAGAGUGGCGAGAAAUUUGUUCCUCGCUACUUCGAGAAACACGACGGACGGUGGGAGCCUAAGCUCAAGAUCCCUCGAGGUGAUUCUUCUGAAGCUAUAGACGCAGUGCAAACCUGGAUAUGGCCGCCCACGACAGAAUGGCGUUGACCUGACAUGUACUUUUUCAUUUUGACGUUUAUCUGCUUUUGCUUUGUUUGUGUCUACACCUACCAUCACAUUUACAUCUUAUCCCACGCAGUUGUAACAUAAUGCGCAUCCGUUGGAUUGUACCUGUAGCAAAAAUUGAAGGGUAUAUAUACGACAAUGGAUCCAAUGACAACACCAGAUGUGAAA